AUAUAAGAUUCGACAAGUGCACAGCCCAGUAUCAGUCAUUGUCGGUUGGUUCUCCUCAAAGCACGCAGCCGCAAAGUGUACUCCUUGGAAGCAGCUUGGUCGAUUGGAAUUUCCCCCGGGGACAGCAAGAAGAUGUUUAGCAAGAUGAUGAUCGCAGCGAUGGCAGCGGUGAUGGUAGUAACCGGAGUAUUGGCCGCCCCGCAACAGAAGCGCAUUUCGCCGCUCGGUGGCGCCGAAUCCCAGGCCGUGAUAUUGGCCCAGGAACAUAACCAUGAUCCCAGCGGUGCUUACAACUAUCGGUACGAGACGAGCAAUGGGAUUGCGGCGCAACAGUCGAGCUACGAUGGAGCGAAUGCGGCCGGCGAAUACUCGUACACCGGUCCGGAUGGGGUGCUGUACCGGGUGGCCUACAAUGCCGACUCGGCGUACGGUUUCCAGCCACAGGGUGCGCACCUACCGGUGGAACCGCCAGUACCGGACCAUGUGCUCAAGUCGCUCGAACAGAUCCGUGCCAGUCCACCGCGUGAUCCGGAGUUUAAUCUGGCGGCGCUCGAUGCCCAGAUCGCACGGCUAAGGGCUACCCUCGGGUAAGGGAAGUGAAGGACAGGAUGCCCGGUUGUGAUGUGUAUGUGACGUGUGUGUGUGUGUGUGAGAUAGUGUUGCCUCGAGCUGGCAGCAGAAAAACAUGCUUUUUGUUAAUAAAACCUCAGACGAAAAGUUUCGAACGAUUU